CGACAUCAUUUCAGUGUCACAGAAAAAAUAUGGAGCCGCAUCAUGGGGCCACUGAGCAUCUCUGUGUUGCUCUUCACUGCUCUUGUUCUCAGUGGUGGUUUCGCUGCACCCAGAGCUCAGGAACAGCGUGAGAAAUCAGUGAUUAUUGAGGGAUACAUGGAAAACACCUCUGCUACACAAGGAUGUCCUUCUGGAUGGCAAAAGUUUAACUCACGCUGCUUCCACUACAUCAGCCAAAAAACAUCGUGGGUGCAUGCACAGAUUCAUUGUAUCCGCUUCAGUGCGUCCCUCGCAUCUAUACACAGCCUACAGGAAUACCGCUUUGUGCAAAAUGUCACACGGAGGUUGGGCAACAACUUUCCUUUGGCCUGGAUUGGAGGAACAGAUGCCCCUCAGGAGGGAAAGUGGAUCUGGGUUGAUGGGACUCCAUUUGACUUCACCAAAUGGACCCCUGGAGAACCCAAUAACCGUGGAGGUGAAAAUUGCCUUGAAAUGAACUUUGGAGAUCAAAAAUUGUGGAACGAUAUCUCCUGCAAGAAGUACAAUCCAUCUGUUUGUGCGAGACAAGCUUCAUAACUCCUACCAAAGCAAAGAUUUUCUUUCAAUAUCAAUGUACUCAGUGCUUUGCUCAGACUGGGUUAAACAUCCCAGUGAUGAAAACUGCAUAAAUCUUCA